AUGGAACAAGUCAUUCCCAUGCAAAUAGAUGUCUCCAAAACUUUCAAGAACACUUCUGAUAAAGUGCUGGACUUCUUGGUAGAUUCAAUGUUUGAAUUCGUCGAUCAAGAGUAUCUUCCAUCUCAGAGCAACUUCAGGCCGGUUGAUGAGUUGGGAGGAGAAGUUGAUGUCACCAGCAGCAUCAGAGGGAAAAUUCCAGAUGAUUUUCCAGAGGGUGUCUAUAUAAGAAAUGGGCCAAACCCUCUAUUUGGAGGAUUGAAAUCGACAAGAUCUGUGUUUGGAAGGUCAAGUCACGUAUGGGUUGAAGGAGAAGGCAUGCUACAUGCGUUAUAUUUUAGUAGGGACGGCGACGUUAGUGAUGGAGGCUGGACUGUCCGGUACAACAACAGACACGUUGAAACCGACACGUUCAAGCUCGAAAAACAGCGAAACAAGCCGUCUUUUCUCCCCACCUUUAGCGGCGACUCGCGGGCUAUUUUGUCCGCUUUCCUCCUCAAUUUGUUGAGGUUUGGUAAAGCGAACAAGUAUUUGAGCAACACCAAUGUUUUCGAGCAUUCGGGGAAGUUCUACUCCAUAACAGAAGAUCACAUACCUCAAGAGAUUGACAUCAUCACAUUAGAAACUUUGGACAAUUGGGAUGUCUCUGGAGCUUGGAACAGACCUUUUACCACCCACCCUAAGAGAGCUCCAGGCUCAGAGGAGCUGGUCAUUUUUGGAGUUGACGCAGUAAAACCAUAUGUGGAAAUUGGAAUAAUUUCAGCUGAUGGAAAGGAACUAAUUCACAAAGUGGAUCUCAAACUCAACAAGAGCAUCUUUUUCCAUGAAUUAGGGGUCACAGAGAGGUAUUAUAUAAUCAUGGAUUUUGGUGUAACUUUCGACAUAAACAGACUCAUUAACGGAGGCCGAUUAUUAGAGUACAAUCAUGAAGGAUGUGCACGAAUCGGUGUGAUGCCACACUACGGCGAUGCAGAUUCAAUCCGCUGGUUUAAAGUUGAACCCAGUUGCACAUCUCACAUCAUCAAUAGUUUUGAAGAUGGUGAAGAGGUUGUAGUGUGGGGUUGUAAAGCUCUGGACUCAGUUAUACCAGGACCGGACAAGGCAUUGAAUCAAUUUGGGUGGCCACCAAGAAAAUUUAAGCCUACAAUUCCAAGUAAAGAAAAUGAUCAUGAUAAUAUCUCACCAAUCGACUAUGAAAACUUAUUUUCUCAUGCUUAUGAAUGGAGAUUAAACAUGCAAAGUGGGGAAGUCAGUGAAAGAUAUCUCACUGGAAAAAGGUUUUGCAUGGAUUUUCCCAUGAUCAACGGAGCUUUUUCCGGUAUCAGAAAUAGAUAUGGCUACGCCCAAGUGGUUGAUUCUGCCGCAAGCUCUGCCUCAGGCGUGCUCAAAUAUAAUGGUCUAGCCAAGCUACACUUUGAAGAACCAGCUGAUACAAGUGAAGGCCAAUUAGAAGAGGCAAUAAAGGUGGAAACUCACAUGUUUGAGGAGAAUAGCUUUUGCACUGGAGCUUCUUUUGUCCCAAAACAAAGGGGUCUUGAAGAAGAUGAUGGAUGGGUUAUCACUUUUGUUCACAAUGAAGAUACCAACAUAUCUCAAGCUUAUGUGAUCGAUACAAAGAAGUUUUUCAGUGAGCCUGUUGCCAAAAUUACAUUGCCUUGUAGAGUUCCAUAUGGAUUUCAUGGAGCCUUCAUGCCAAUCUCAACCCCCACUUAG